AUGGUUAGUUCAUCUGUAAAUCCUACUUUGUCUAAAAGAACAAGAAAAAUUAUCAUUCCUAAAUCACCAUUAUUAGAGGAAGAAAGGAAUUUUGAAACUACUACCACUAGCCCUUUUACCCUAGAUAUGCUUGAACUACCUGAGUUAACCUUACUAUACCCUUUCCCAUCAUAUUUUCUCUUUAGAGGAGACUAUUUUGAAUCUCCUAAACUAAAAAUAACUACUUCAGAUAGUGCGCAUUCAUCAAAUAAAUCAUCUUCACACUCUAGAGACUGA